GCAAUGCUUUGCUAUAGAGGUAUGUAUCUGAAUGGCUCUGGCUUUGACAGGAAGAGUUCUGAUGCGUCCUCGCUUCCUGAGGAGCCAUUAUUCAUUAGGAUUUGUUCUGGGCUUAGUUUCUAACUAUGAGAGAGAACUUUUUACGGGGAAACACUUUGCAACAAAUAGGGUAUCAGAUGUGAUGUUUAAACACCAUGGGUUUGUGGGUAUCCCCUGUUUUUGUACUAGUGUUCAACCUGAAAGGAUCUCUUGGGGAGGUUCUUCUCAACAAGUUUUGUUUAGAAAGAUUGAAACUGCUUUGAGUGAUCAUCGAAUAGAUGAAGCAUGGGAAGCUUUCAAUGAUUUUAAGAAUAUUUAUGGGUUUUCUGUGGAUUCUCUAGUAUCUAAAAUGAUCAUUGAACUGUCCUAUUCAAACAACAAUUUCUGGUUACAAAAGGCUUGUGAUUUAGUCUUUGUUAUUUUGAAAGAGAAACCUGGUGCACUUAAGACUGACAUACUGACUAAGCUCUCGCUGGCUUUGGCAAGAGCGCAGAUGCCAAUUCCCGCUUCAAUGAUACUUAGAUUGUUGUUGGAGAAAGGAACGUUGCUUCCAAUCAAAGUCAUGUUGUUGGUUUUUAUGCACAUGUUGAAAGCAGAAUGUGGGGCAUGCCUUGCAUCUAAUUUCUUGGUUCAACUUUGUGACUUUUUCCUACCCUUAGGUCCAAAUAGAGUUAAUCAUGCAGAGAAGGCAAAACCUGAUACAAUGAUCUUUAACAUUGUGCUUAAUGCUUGUGUGAGGUUUGAAUUAUCUAUCAAGGGCCAGCAGCUUAUUGAAUUGAUGUCUCAGCUAGGGGUCAUUGCCGAUGCCCAUUCAAUUGUUCUUAUUGCUCGGAUUCAUGAAAUGAAUGGCCACAGAGAUGAGAUGAAAAGGUUAAAAACUUAUGUUGAUCGAGUUCCAGUUCCGCUUGUUGGUCAUUACCGGCAGUUUUAUGACAGUAUGUUGAGCUUGGAAUUUAAGUUUGACGACAUUGAUACUGCUGCUGAGCAUGUGUUGGAUAUGUAUAGGUACCGUGCAUCACUUUCCACUCAAAAACACAUGAAGGAUUCACAAAAGCUUUCCCUUGUCUCGAUUGGAUCUAAAAAUAUCAGGAAUGGGUCUAAAAUACAGAUUAUGCCUGAGUUGCUCCCGAAAGAUUCUGUCCUCAACGUUGAAGGGAAACGAGAGUUUGUUAUAUUUCGUGAUGGAAAACUAGUUCCUAGUAACAAGGCUUUGGCUAAGCUCAUAUCAGGAUACAGGAGACAUGGGAAGAUUGGUGAGCUGUCAAGGCUUUUGAUUAGCAUUGAAAAUGAACACAUUUUGUAUGGGGAAUGCAAUAUUUGUUCCGAUGUGAUUGAUGCUUGCAUUCGUUUAGGUUGGCUAGAUACUGCACAUGACAUUUUAGAUGACAUGGAAUCAGCUGGAACUACAUUGGGAUCCACUUUAUAUAUGUCACUUUUGAGGGCCUAUUACAAAGCAGAUAUGCUUCGAGAGGCAAAUGCACUGGUAAAACAAAUGGGGAAGGUUGGUUUAGAUGUAAAUUCGACGGAUGAGAUACUUGCUUCAACGUCAGAUCUGGCUGAAUGUUUAGAUCGAGAAGUGAGUGAGGAGGAGAAGUUAGCAUGCAUAAAGGUUUAUGAGCUCAACUCUUCCAUUUACUUUUUCUGCAAAGCCAAAAUGAUAGGUGAUGCUCUGAAGACAUAUCGAAGAAUGCAAAAAAUGAAAACAGAACCCACAAUUCAGACUUUUGCUUCUCUGUUGUACGGGUAUUCGUCUCUGGAAAUGUAUCGUGAUAUCACCAUUUUGUGGGGAGACAUAAAGAGGUAUGUGAAGUGUGGAAAUCUGAAGGCAAGUUGGGAUUUGUAUGAGCUAUUGUUACUGAAUUUUCUUCGAGGUGGUUAUUUUGAGAGAGCCAUGGAGGUGAUUAAUGAUAUGAAAGGGCACUGUAUGCUUAUCGACAAGGGGAUGUAUAAAAGUGAGUUCCUGAAAUUUCAUAAGGAUCUUUAUAGGAGCUUAAGACAAUCAAAGGCCAGAACUGAGGCUCAAAGUAAGAGGCUAGAGUAUGUUCGGGCAUUUAGGAAACUGGUUGGUCUUGAUUAAUGUUCAUGGAAUGUUUGUGAAUGGUUUGUUCAAAACUAUCGAUACAUUUUACAACAAUAGCUGAUCCAUAUGAGGGGAACAUCAAGUCCUGUCAAAAGAGCUUUUAGGAAUUCAGUUUAUGUAAUUUUUGACGGGUAAAGCAGAUGUCAAUUGCACAGUUAUGUGAAUCUGAGAUGAAGUGGACUAAUGAAAAUGUUGAGGCAAUACUUGAUAAGACGGUCAUGGAUGCUGAUGUUGAUCAGGACGGAAAGAUAGAUAGAAGUGAGUGGCAGAACUUUGUUUCAAGGAAUCCGCCAUUACUGAAGAUUAUGACCCUUCCUUAUCUCAGGGACAUAACGAUGGCAUUUCCAAGCUUUGUUUUCUGUUCUGAAGUUGAUGAAGUUGCAACCAAGGAAAGAGCAUGCUCUAUUGUAGUGAUUUCACACGGUUGGCUUGAAAAUUUUUGGUUGGAUUUAUUGAUAAAAAGUACCUAUGUGAAAAGGAUGCUGAUUUUGCGUGUUUGGAUGUAAGGAUAUAGCUGUCCAGAUCAAUUCGGGUAGCAGCUGAAAUGCUGAAUAUGAUUAGGAUGUUUGUCAACUGUAUAUCCAGUCUAACGUUUGGCGAGUUCUCUGCUCAGUGAAUGGUUAAAGACAGUGAUGGUCUGAUUCUUUAAAUGUUGGUAGGAUUUUUCAAUUAAAUUUUACGACAGUCGAGGAAUCCUAGUUUUUGAGGAGGCCA